UGGUUUGGAGAAACAGGAGAUAAAUUUGACUCUGCUGCAUUUAAAAGGUUUUCUAAGACUUUAAUGUAAUCUAGUGACACUGAUGUGUUAACGGGAAACUGAGACGAUGUGUGUGAGCUCCUCCUCCUUCCUGACUCUGACGCCACUUUUCCCUCUGCUUCGUCUGCAGGUCAACUUCGUGGUGUGCCAGCUCUGCGCUCUGAUCUCAGCCUUCUGGUUUCGUCUCUUCCUCCAUCCCAGUAAAACCAGUCCUUUCAUUAGACAUGUGGUGGCGACUGUGCUGGGGCUCUACUUCGCCCUGUUCUGCUUCGGCUGGUAUGCGCUUCACUUCCUGCUUCAGAGUGGACUCACCUACGGCAUCAUGAUCCUGACCGGAGUCGAGCACAUGCACAAGUAUUGCCUUGUGGUGGCUCUCAGCUACCUGAGUCUGUGCCAGAUCACUCGAGUCUACGUCUUUGACUACGGCAUGUACUCUGCUGACUUCACAGGUCCCAUGAUGGUCAUAACUCAGAAGAUCACAAGCCUGGCCUUUGAGAUCCAUGAUGGAAUGGCUCGGAAGGAAGAACAUCUGACCGCAGGACAGAAGAUUUUAGCCAUAAGGCGAAUGCCGAGCCUUCUCGAGUAUUUCAGCUACAACUGUAACUUCAUGGGGAUUCUGGCCGGUCCAACCUGCUCUUACAACGACUACAUUGCCUUCAUCGAGGGGAAACCGUAUCGCCACCGAGAACAAGAGGCCGACAAGUCCAAGACCAGACUGGGUGAAGGCGAGCCAUCGCCAAACAUGGAGGUGGUUCGUAAAGUGGCCACCUCCUUCUUCUGCCUGCUGGUCUUCCUGUCGGUGUGUAAAGUAUUUCCAGUGGAGCGAAACAUCGAGGACGACUUCAUUGCGAACACACCGUUCUAUGCCCAGGUGGUCUACCUGUACCUCUCCAUGCUAACCACACGACCCAAGUAUUACUUUGUCUGGACACUCGCUGAUGCCAUCAACAAUGCUGCCGGCUUUGGUUUUAACGGCUAUGACAGUAACGGCGCCCCCCGCUGGGACCUGAUCUCCAACCUGAGGAUACUCAACAUUGAGCUUGCCACCAGUUUCAAAGUUUUUCUUGACAACUGGAACAUUCAGACGGUGCAAUGGCUCAAAAGGGUUUGUUACGAGCGAUGUCCCUACCACCCAACAGCAGCCACCUUCAUCCUGUCCGCCAUGUGGCACGGCGCCUACCCAGGAUACUACCUAACCUUCCUGACCGGCAUCGUUGUCACGCUGGCGGCCAGAGCGGUGAGAUGAUGGAUGGAUGGAUGGAU